GACAAUUUACCAAAAGAACACUUGGACACUGUUGCGAAAUUCAUAGAGGAAAAUACUAAAGGAGUGAAACCACAGACGACUAUUCUCCCGUGUUUGCAGAGGAAGACAUUUGCUAUCAAAAACUAUGAGAAAGUGGAAGAAUUAUUAAGGAAUGUAUGCACCACAGAUGAACAGUUGAUAACGUUGGCGACUAUGACACAAUUCAUUAAAGCGGGAAAGGGAUUCCAUUUGACACCAGAAAUGAAAGAAAUGAUACAACUCCUUGUUCAACAUUGUGAAAUCGACCAAACGAAGUUGCCGCCCGUGUUGGACUUAUUUGGUGGGUUGUGUUUGAAGUGUAUGGACGCAGUGAAAUACUUUGAGACGGUGUCUGUGUACUCGACACUCCAACACACGGUCUUUGAAAUGAUCAAAAACAACACAGCAACAGGACCAAUCAAAGUCAUGUUCAUCAAAUUCUUGGCGAAUUGCUUUGUCACAACUCCACCAGAAAUCUUCAUGCAUGUGGUGCACUCAACAUAUCCAGAUUUGUAUGCCUUCUUUAGAACAGAGAUGACUGCCGCAAUUCAAAGUAACAAUUUGAAUGUUCAAGGCGCGAUUUCCGGCGUUCUUCUCAACUUGUCUAUCAGUGCUAUUAACUCGAGUAUUGCUGGGAUGCUCGCAGAUGGACUCUUUGACUUCCUAAUUGAGUUGUUUAUGAUCACAACAGACGAUAACACUCGUGCAGUGCUAUUACUUGGGAUCGGCAAUUUCAUGAAGCAGGACUUCCUUGUGAGAAGAGACUUUAUUAAGAACACCAAGCUGAUGGAUAUCAUCAAAAAUAAUAAGAACAAAACAAUCCAAGCAAUCAACGACGAGAUCAACGAGUUGGUCUUGGGCGUAAGCAAUUGA